GGGAAAUAAGCAGCUGAUGGCUCCAGUUAAACUUGGUGGGCUUGAUCUGCGGUUUCUUUCGGCAGUCGCGUUUAUCUCAGUUUGGUUAGGCAGGCGUUUCUUAAGGAAGCGACGGACCGAACCGGAUGCAGAUCCACAGCACCUAGGUGGCUUGUUCCUGGCACCCCGGUUGCCCAUGAGGUCGUGGAUGAACCCACGAGCCACCACAGAUCUGGCUCUGCCCUGGGGGUCAAGCUGGCUCUGUCCCAGCUACUUGGACUUUGGAGGAAGUUGGCGAAGAGGUCUCUCCUCCCAAUGACCUCGUCUGCGAUCACAUAUGGGUCACUAGGGUGCUCGAGCGGCAGACUCGGUAGUGAGAUAGGCAUAAACUCUGCUGCGGGAUCUUCCAUGAACAAGGGGGGGAAGAUGUGAGCCACCAUGACCCAGAUCCGAUCAGGGUAGAUCGAGAAAGACGAUCCUCUUUCAUAUAGAAAUUUACACCCUGAUGAUUGUUACAGUACUACACUGCUCUCAAGCUGCUGCCUAUUGUUCAUUAAUUACCUUCAAUAUUUUGCAAGAUGAUGUGAUUAUUUAUGACUUGAAUCGAUGCUCAACGGCUAAAGUCCCGAGAAGCUGCAUCUAUGCUUUUGGGGCCCUUCUUAGGGUUUCGAUGGUCAACUGUUAUUGUUACCGGUCAGAUCAGCAUACUGUAUGUACCUAAAAGACAGAAGCCCAUCUUCAGGAAAUUAUUGUCUCAAGAUGGGCCCACCUCGAGACAGUUAUGCUUCUUCCGAAGACUUGGGAGGCAAGGGGGAAGUAAGCAGCAAAUGGAAAUGGCUCCUUCAAAACUUGAUCGGCUUUAUCCACAGGUCAAUGCUGAAGCUGGACAUGAGUAUGAAGUUUUUUUGAGCUUCAGGGGACCGGACACUCGCUUAGAAUUCACUGACAACCUAUACCAUCGCCUGGAAGAUGCAGGAGUCCAAACCUUCAGGGAUGAUGAAGAUCUCCGAGUUGGAGAAGAGAUCGGGCCUGAGCUCAUGAGGGCAAUCAAGCAGUCAAAAAUCUCCAUACCCAUCUUCUCAAAGGGCUACGCAUCUAGUAAGUGGUGUCUCAAGGAGGUGGCAGAGAUGGUGAAGCUCAAGGGUGAGACGAAGCACGUGAUCAUGCCCAUUUUCUUAGACGUCACGCCAGAUGAAGUUAAGCACCUGACAGGGAGUUAUGCUAAAGCCUUUACCCAGCACAAGAAAGACUACGACUUUGAGACUAUUCAGGAGUGGAGGAAUGCUCUCCAAGAGGUUGUGAAACUGAAAGGGUUGGAACUAAAGAAAGAGGCAAACGGGAAACAUGGAGAGUUCAUUAAAAAGGUGCUUGCAAGGGUUCUUAACUGUCUGAAGAAAGCUUAUCUAGGUGUCACUGAUAUCUUGGUAGGAAUCGAUGAUCAUGUCGAAGCUGUCAAGACAUUGCUGGAGCCUGGAAAGGAAGGUGUUCAAAUUGUUGGAAUAUGGGGCAUGGGUGGAAUUGGGAAAACGACUCUUGCAAAAGUUGUCUACAACCAACUGUUGGAGAAAUUUGAAUCCUCUUGCUUCCUCAAUGACAUUAGAGAAACAUCCUCACAGCACAAGGGUCUUCAGUACUUGCAAAGCAAGCUACUAUCCGACAUCUUAAAUUGUGAGCGUGAAGACUUUGCAAAUACAGAUGAAGGAACCCAGGAGCUCAAGAACAGGCUCCAUGGCAAGAAAGCAAUCAUUCUUUUGGAUGAUGUUGAUCAAGUUGAUCAACUCAAGGCUCUAGCUGGGGAUCUUGCUUGGUUUAGUCCAGAAAGCAGGAUUAUAGUUACAACCAGAGAAAAGACAGUUCUAGAUCUAUUUCGAAUAAAGGACUAUGAACUCACACUGCUGAGUGACUAUCAAGCUUUUGAACUCUUCUGCAGGCAUGCAUUUAUAAAAGGCUCACCGACACCUGACUUUAUUGACUUGUCCCGGGAUAUCGUGAGGACAACUGGAAGGCUCCCUCUGGCUCUUGAGGUAAUAGGCUCUUCUUUAUCUACAAGCAGUGGGCGCAAGGAGAUAUGGCGAGGUACACUGAAGCAGUUGAAGAAGAAACCGCAUAUGAAGGUCCGAGAUGCGUUGAGGAUAAGUUAUGAUGGCUUGGAUCGUGAGCAGCAGGAGAUAUUUCUCAAUAUUGCUUGUUUCUUCAUUGGAACAGAUGCUAGAAUAGUAAAACCCAUGUGGGAUGAUUGUGAUUUUUUCCCGGAAGUUGGAACUGAGAUCCUUCUCUUGAAGUCACUGAUAAGAAUCACAGAUAACAGUAAGCUAUGGAUGCACGACCAAAUCAGAGACCUUGGCAGGGAAAUUGUGGAACAGGAAAACUAUAGAGAGCCGUGGUUGCGUAGUAGAUUGUGGCACAGUGAAGUGGCGAUGCGUGUAUUAGAGAGACAGCCAGGGGAGGGGAUGACAAAAGUUGAGGCCAUCAGUCUAGAAGGAUAUAAGUUCCGCUCGGGAGAUCACUGCAUUAAGGAUGAUCAGUUCAUGCAUCUAACAAAUUUGAGGAUCCUUCAGCUAGAAAAGGCAAUUCUUUGUGGAAAUUUCGAGCAUCUUCUACUGGAUCUGCAGUGGCUAAGUUGGCAAUUCUGCAACUCCAAUCCUACGCCACCAACCAAUUUAGAUCUGAAGAACCUAAUUGUCCUCGAUCUAUCGAGGAGCAUGGUCAGUGAGGAUUGGGCCGGCUGGAGCUUGAUGAAGGUAGCCGCGAAGCUUAAAGUUCUUGAUCUUACAGAAUGCAGGCAUCUAACAAAAACACCCGAUUUCUCAGCAUUCCCAGCUUUAGAGAGACUGAUUCUUCGAUCUUGUCACAACUUGGUCUCUGUUGAUCCAUCAAUAGAGCAACUUAGUGCUCUAGUCUCCUUAGACAUAAGGGGCUGCACGAAACUCAAAUAUUUUCCUCAGCUGGGUUCUGCACUGACUGAGCUUCUGGUUGAUACUGAAGUUUUUUUGAGCUUCAGGGGGCCAGACAUUCGCGAAGGGUUCAUUGACAACCUAUAUCAUCGUCUGAAAGAUGCAGGAGUCCAAACCUUCAGGGAUGAUGAAGAGCUUCGUGUCGGAGAAGAGAUCGGGCCUGAGCUCACGAGGGCAAUCAAGCAGUCAAAAAUCUUCAUACCCAUCUUCUCAAAGGGCUACGUAUCUAGUAAGUGGUGUCUCAAGGAGGUGGCAGAGAUGGUGAAGCUCAAGGAUGAGACGAAGCACGUGAUCAUGCCCAUUUUCUUAGACGUCACGCCAGAUGAAGUUAAGCACCUGACAGGGAGUUAUGCUAAAGCCUUUACCCAGCACGAGAAAGACUACGACUUUGAGACUAUUCAGGAGUGGAGGAAUGCUCUCCAAGAGGUUGUGAAACUGAAAGGGUUGGAAAUAAAGAAAGAGGCAAACGGGAAACAUGGAGAGUUCAUUAAAAAGGUGCUUGCAAGGGUUCUUAACUGUCUGAAGAAAGCUUAUCUAGGUGUCACUGAUAUCUUGGUAGGAAUCGAUGAUCAUGUCGAAGCUGUCAAGACAUUGCUGGAGCCUGGAAAGGAAGGUGUUCAAAUUGUUGGAAUAUGGGGCAUGGGUGGAAUUGGGAAAACGACUCUUGCAAAAGUUGUCUACAACCAACUGUUGGAGAAAUUUGAAUCCUCUUGCUUCCUCAAUGACAUUAGAGAAACAUCCUCACAGCACAAGGGUCUUCAGUACUUGCAAAGCAAGCUACUAUCCGACAUCUUAAAUUGUGAGCGUGAAGACUUUGCAAAUGCGAAUGAAGGAACCCAGGAGCUCAAGAACAGGCUCCGUGACAAGAAAGCAAUCAUCAUUUUGGAUGAUGUUGAUCAAGUUGAUCAACUCAGUGCUCUAGCUGGGGAUCUUGCUUGGUUUAGUCCAGAAAGCAGGAUUAUAGUUACAACCAGAGAAAAGACAGUUCUAGAUCUAUUUCGAAUAAAGAAUAUCUAUGAACACACUCUGCUGAGUGAAUAUCAAGCUUUUAAACUCUUCUGCAAGCAUGCAUUUUUAAGAUUCCUGCCGACACCUGAUUUUGUUGACUUUUCUCGGGAUAUUGUGAGGACAACUGGAGGUCACCCCUUGACUCUUGAGGUAAUAGGUUCUAGUUUAUAUUUGAACAGCGGGCGCAAGGAGAUAUGGCAAGGAACAUUGGAGAAAUUGAAGAAGAUACUCCCUAGCGAUGUCCAAGAAAAGUUGAGGUUAAGUUAUAAUGGCUUAGAUUAGGAGCAGCGGGAGAUAUUUCUUGAUAUAGCAUGUUUCUUCAUCGGCACAGAUGCUAGAAUUGCAAUCUCCAUGUGGGAUGAUUGUGAAUUUUCCCCAAAAGCUGGAAUUGAGAUCCUUCUCUUGAAGUCAUUGAUUAGAAUAACAGAUAACGAUAAGUUAUGGAUGCACGACCUACUCAGAGACCUUGGUAGGGAAAUUGUAAGAGAGGAAAACUAUGAAGAGCCACGGUUGCGGAGUAGAUUGUGGCGCAGUGAAGAUGUGAUGUAUCUAUUAGAGAGGCAGCCACAGGAGGGUAUGACAAAAGUUGAAGCCAUCAGUCUAGAAGGAUAUCAGUUCCACUCGGAAGAUCUCUGCUUUAAGGAUGAUCAGUUUAAGAAUCUACCGAACUUGAGGAUCCUUCUGUUAGAUAAAGCUAGUCUCAGUGGAAAUUUUGAGCGUAUUCUCCCGAACCUGCGGUGGCUGAGUUGGCACUUUUGCAACUUCAGUCCUACGCUGCCGAUCAAUCUAAAUCUGAAGAACCUAAUUGUCCUCGAUCUAUCGAGGAGCUUGGUCAGUGAUGAUUGGGCCGGCUGGAGCUUGAUGAAGGUAGCCGUGAAGCUAAAAGUUCUUGAUCUUACAGAAUGCAGGCAUCUAACAAGAACACCCUGUUUCUCAGCAUUUCCAGCUUUAGAGAGAGUGAUUCUUCGAUCUUGUAACAACUUGGUCUCCGUUGAUCCAUCGAUAGAGCAACUUAGCGCUCUAGUCUCCUUAGACAUAAGGGAUUGCACGAAACUCAAAUAUUUUCCUCAGUUGGGUUCAAUGAACACACUGACCGAACUUCUGGUUGAUGGAACCUCUAUACAGGAAUUACCUAUACUGAGAGGUACAGACAAGCUUGGAAAUCCAUUGGCGCCAACUGACUGCGGAAAUCCAUCUCCUUAGACUUUGCUUCAUUUGAUAUUAAAGAAAGAUUGCCACUUCCACACUCUCUCUCCUCUACUCUCUCUUCUGCAACCCCUCUUUGCUCGUCUCUGCUCUCCCCUGGUGAUCUCCAUGGACAUCGUCCUCAAUUCCAUCUCAUCCUCAUCACUUGGAAACGGAUCUGCAGUGGAAUCAGAACCCCGCUUCCUUCAAUUCCUAUCUCAGCGGGGCAAUCCAAAGCGCAGUUGCUGGAAUGGCAGCUUCUUCUUCGACAACCAGCACCGCCGCCUACCUCCACUUCAUCGAGGAUGUCAUCAACGGAAUCCGUGAUGAGUUUGUUAACAACAGUGGCCCCGGCGAGGAUGUCCUCAGUGAACUGACUGCAAGAACUAAUCUUUCCGCUACCAAUUUGAGGGUUUUUAUUUAUUUAUUUAUUUAUUUUGUGUUUGAUCGAAUUCUGUAGUCGAGAUUCAUCUAUCUCAUCUCCCAGCGAAGAUUUUGUGUUUGAAGUGAAUUUCUAAAAUAAUUUUUUUAGCUCA